AUGAGUUCGAGCUCGGGCCGGCUCCACUGGCCGUUGGAUUCCGAGAGGCUCUACGUAUCUUCAGCAUCUAGACUGUCGGAGCUCAUAUGGCCCCGUCUGAACGAAGAGGAGGGGAAAUGGGCUGUUGGUUCUGCAUCAUGGGUCUUUGAUGGACAGACGCCGACCCUACCUAAGGUCUAUGCCUUCAGUGGCGAUCUACCUUCAGCGUCAUACAGUGCCCUCUGCCCCUCGACAGGCCAGAGGCUUGCUGUUAGUGAUGGCGGCUCUGAGGUGAAGGUAUAUGAAGUCCUCCCCCCUUUGUCCCAAGUCCUCGAGGGUCAAGGACCAUCCAACGUCGAUUUGCUCGGUACUGUUCCGGCGCCCAGGGAAGGGCUCAGAGUGGCGGCCCUAGAUUUCGCCCCUGUUCGUGAAAGCGAUCUAUCUAGUGAUCUCUCAACAGUAGCAUGUGGUGUCACGACGCGGCUCAUGAUCGUUUGGGUCGCCGAGGCCGGGCAGGAGAGCGCUAAGUUGCUGCAAGUCGUGGCUAUGGCCUUCCCGGCGGUGACUAGGAUGCUCAAAGCAUCGCGGUCGCUCUCAGCUGACGUGACGAGAUCAGUUCCUUCCAGUGCCCCGCUGGGUCCUGAGCUAGCUGGUGGAGAGGAGUACGGUGCGGCUUAUGAACCAUCACCGCUGUGGAGUCUUCCUGAGCAGAGGUUCUCCUCGGGCUCGAGCUUUUACAGUCUGAGGGCCCCUUCACUCGGAGGGUAG